AUGGGUUUAGCACUACACAACAGCUCCGAUGCCCUAGACCUCACCCAGCGGUACCUGUCCCCCGGCCCCUCGCAGGUCAGCAGGCCGCACCAGCGCGCCCACUACAAUGGCGCCUACUACCACGCCGAUGGUUCCAUCGUUCUCAACCGGGAGCUCGCCGAGCACAAACUCCCUCUUCUCGAUCUCGUUCUACUCACCAACCACCAAAAAGGAGCACAAAGGCAUCGCCAAGCACGUCGUCGCCAAAUCGGUCGUUCUACCCGGCAAUGGUGCAUUGGCGAUGUGGCAGAGGGUCGUACAAUAGCCCUGAGUGGGCAACAACUCCCUGGCGAGCAGCGUCGUCGCACGCCGUCUCUGGAGAGACAGGAUGCUUUCCGGGAUGCUCGCACAACAAAAUUUCUCACUAGUCCACAAGAUGCACGCGACAUUUCCGAGCUCUAUCGCGUCGGUCUUCUCUAUGACGACGAGCAUCUGCGCGGUCCUGGUUUCGGCUUCGAUGCCAUUGACCGUACUGAGCCCGAGUACACCAUACGUCAGGCCAAGCAGACACGGAAGACCAAGCCCUCAGGGGUCCCGUACGACGACGACCUGCAACUGGCACUGGACCUUUCGCUUGCGGAACUUGGACACGACGAGCCCUUUGCUCAGUUUCUCUGUUCCCCCGGUCUUGAAGAGCCCUCCUCGGAUGAUGAAUCCACCAACAGCACCAACAGCACCUACAGCGCCCGACUUGCACCCCUGCAUUUCGUCUCUGAACUGGUGCACUCCCCUGAGUAUUUUAGCGACAACACCCUCACCAUGAUGACAGACUCCGAGUCCGAAUCCGAAUCGAUUUCAUUCCCCAAAGACAAUGCAUGUAAGAUACGUCGGAAAGGAAACCGCGAACUGCAUGCUGCGAAUCACGACGGUGCCAACGCCUGGAUGAUGCUGGGUGACGGCUCGUAG